GACUGAACCGUCGCUGUCCCAGCUGUUUUGCGUCUCUGUUCCCAUUAUUGUCUUGCAGGUCUCUGUUCCCGUCACUGAACAGUUUGAUGGGGUGUCGGGCGGAUGACAGCGGGAACAGUUGUGAUCACUGGCGGAAUCCUAGCUACAGUCAUCCUCCUCUGCAUCAUUGCCGUCUUGUGCUACUGUAGGCUCCAGUACUACUGCUGCAAGAAGAGCAGAGCCGGAGAUGCAGACGAGGAGGAGGAGGAGCGCGACCUGCCCCCACACCCCAGAGGCCCCAGCUGUAAUGCCUGCAGCUCCCAAGCCCCCGAUGGCCGAGGCGGCCUGGCGCCUCUCACCAGCGAGCCCUGCGGCCAGCCGUGCGGGGGGGCGGCCGGCCACUGCACUGCCUGCUCCCCAUACAGCUCCCCCUUUUACAUACGGACGGCUGACAUGGUGCCCAAUGGGGGCGGAGGGGAGAGGCUCUCCUUUGCUCCUACAUACUACAAGGAAGGGGGACCCCUGCCCCUCAAGUUGGCAGUGCCCCAGAGUUACCCGGUGACGUGGCCAGGCUCUGGGCGUGAGGCCUUCACCAAUCCAAGGGCUAUUAGUACAGACGUGUAACCCCCUUCACCCCUGACCCCUCCACAUACCUACCCACGCUGCUGUCCCGCUGCUGUACCGGCAGGAACACCAGGGAGCAGCGGGGG